GUCUCUAAAGGGAAUGCACAACUUCAGAUCAUCCGGAGAGUAUGACAACGACUGCACCACCCCUCUGACACCACUGUGUACUCAGCCAGAACAAGUCAUCAAGGGAGGUGCCAGUAUUAUUCAGUGCCACAUUCUGAAUGACAAAAGACACAUACUCACCAAAGACACUAACAACAAUGUGGCUUUCUGGGACGUCCUAAAGGCAUGUAAGGGCGAAGACUUGGGGAAGGUUGAAUUUGACGAAGAGAUUAAAAAGC